GAUAUAUAUGAAAAACAGAAAGAGAGAGAGAGAGAGAGAUGUGGAAAAACAUCAAGAUAAAAACAAACCAUACACUUUUCUUCUUUUCUCUCCUUUUGAGACUCAAAUUGAACUAUGUUGCUUUCUCUGUUCUUGCUGCAUCAGAGAUUCUCUCCACUCCUUUCAAGUCAAAGAAGAAAGAGAAAACAAUUAAAUAAGUAAAUAAAUAAAUGUUAAAAAUAAAAGUUGGUAUGAAAUGGAAGAUGGAAGAAAGGAAAGAGUCACAGCUCAUGGCAUAUAUUCCCCUCUCCAACAUAACCCCACUUAUGUUUCCAGAUAUGGAGUGAGAACAUAGGACAGCCCAACAACUCCAAUUUAUAAAGAGAACUACAGCUGCCACAUAUUCAAGCACCACCUCAGGAAAAGUCCCUAACUCCCUUAUUUAUGUUUCAUUCCUCUCUAUCUGUCUCUCCUGGAAUACACACAAAUUGUUAUUCAGAAUAUGCAAAAUCAGAAUAUGAAUUUAGUCUUAUCCACUGAUGCAAAACCAAGGCUCAAAUGGACUUCAGAACUUCAUCAGAGAUUUGUUGAAGCUAUCAAUCAGCUUGGAGGAGCAGAUAAGGCUACUCCAAAGAGCUUGAUGAGGGUGAUGGGAAUUCCAGGACUUACUUUGUACCAUCUAAAGAGCCAUUUACAGAAAUACAGGUUGGGGAAGAGCCAACAGUCUGAAGCCUGCUCUGACAAUAAGCAAGAAGAUUACAAAGAAAUUCAGGGGAGUGAUGGACAUUUCAAUGGAGAAAUCAAUGAUGGAACUCAGAGUCAGAUGAAUGAAGGCUUGCAGAUAGCUCAGGCUCUCCAAAUGCAAAUGGAAGUACAAAGGAAACUCCAUGAACAGAUUGAGGUCCAAAGACAUCUGCAGCUGAGAAUUGAAGCUCAAGGAAAGUAUCUACAGUCAGUACUAAAGAAAGCUCAAGAAACUCUUUCUGGAUAUAGCUCUUCUUCAGUGGGUGUAGAGCUUACAAAAGCUGAGCUUUCUCGAUUAUUAUCGAUGGUUAACAAUGGAUGCCCCAGCUCUUCAUUCUCAGAAAUAACAGAGACAAGAGAUUUAAGCUUAGAAGAAGGCAUCGAAAGGAAACAAAUGAGAGGCACAAUGUGUUCCGUGGAAAGUUCACUGACUUCUUCCGAAAGCUCAGGGCGAAAAGAAGAGAAGAAACCAAUGGAUAACAAUGGUGAUCCCCAAAAGUCUAACACAAACUCCAUUGAACUACAACUAAUGGAAGUUCAUCCAGAAAAGAAUCCAUGGAACAAUGCCACAAGCAAUCAAGUUAGUGGAAGGAAAAGGAAUGGAAGUACCAUCUCUGAUGGUAUUAGUGUUGAGCAGCGAAUUUCUAAGAGGUCACCAAGCCAUAUAGACACAAAUAGUAACCAUUUGAGAAAAUCCGGAUUACUGGGAACGUUUGAUCUGAAUAGCCAAUAUCAGAAUGACAUUGAUUCGGGUCCAAAAGCAAUUGACUUGAACUGAAAAGGGACAUGGAAACUCAAAUGUGCACCUCCGUUGGUGUGGAAAUUUUAUACCAAUCUGAAGUUUAGUACCAAUAGUGAAUGCAGCAAACUUGAUUAUUAAGAAUUAAUCUUGUCUAUUACUAUGUAUAAUGUCAUGUGUAUCGAACUCCAAGGACUUUUAAAAGUAUAUUCAUAUUAAACGAAAGGCAAAUAUAUAGCGUGUGAAUACA